UGUCGCGUUUCCUGCGCACUGAAGCGGCCACAAUUUCAGCACCGCACUGAGGUGGACAGCAUGCUUACGGACAGACGAAAAUAAGCACAGUCUCUUCCAUAGAGACAGAGGUUCCACCUAGUGCAUACUCAACGGAUGCAUCUCUGUCUUCAAAGGAGACAGCAUGGUCAGAACGCUAGUCUCAAGCAUUCGAGCAUAACAAGGAGGAUUUCGGAAAAGUGCCAACGAAGGAUUUUAACGACUUGUCUGCGGUUUGUUUCAUAAGUUACUCAGGGGAAUGGAAAAGCCCAUCCAGCCUCAGCUGCAGUCAAACAUGUCCAAGAGCGCAGAAGGUCCGCCAGAGGACCUCUCCAAACUACCGGAUGAGGAGCUAAGGAAAUGGAGCAAGGAGGAGCUGGUGCGCUGGCUGCGCAGAGCCGAAGCCGAGAAGAUGAGAGUUAUAGUGGACCACAGCAAUCUCAUCCGAGAGGUGAACCGCAGGCUUCAGCAGCACCUGAACGAGAUACGCGGUCUAAAGGAAGUGAAUCAGAAGCUCCAGGAGGACAACCAGGAGCUAAGAGAUCUCUGCUGCUUUCUGGAUGAUGAUCGGCAAAAAGGGAAGAAGGUGUCGAGGGAGUGGCAACGCUUGGGCCAUUACAGUGCAGGGAUCAUGCGUAAGGAAGUGACGUUGUACCUGCAGAAGCUGAAAGAGCUGGAACAGAGGCAGGUGGAAGUGGUGAGGGAGAACCUAGAACUGAGAGAGGUGUGCAUCAUGCUGGAUGAGGAGAAGGGCUUAUCCACUGGUGGGCCAUCAGGUACCAGGAAUUCAAUUGAUAGCCAGAGCAGCCUGUCUCAUGCCAGCGGACCUGGGCCUGGACAACUGAGGGAUGUGGGUGAUGGGAGCAGUACCUCCAGCAUGGGCAGCACUGACAGCCCUGACCAUCUCCCAAAUAAACAGCAGCUGUUGGGUGGCCCAGCUGGAGGCAGUCCUGACAACCUACUUAAGCCAGGCUCAGGGGAGGAGGCACCAGGUCAAGAGCAUGCAGGCCGCAGACACAGCACCAGCCCAGAGUAUGCUGCACAUACCUUUCCCCAGGUGUGUCGAUCUCGCUGCAGGUCCUUUUCCAGUCCAGAGCAUAAGUGUCUGCGGGGGCUCAGUCCAGAGAAACUGUUCAAGAGUCUGUCCAGAGGAAGUCCAGAGCAGUUCUCAAAACACUUGCUGGUGUCCUCUCAGCCAGCUGGCAGCCCUGACCUUUUCCAGAAGCACAGGGGGAGCAUGAGUAGUGUGUGUGGGAGUCCAGAGCCCAAACAAAUUCUAUCAGGGACACCAGAGCACCUACAGAAGGGCCGCAUUAUAUCUGGGAGCCCUGAAAUGUUAAGGCAUCAGUACAGUGCCAGUCAUGAGCACGUCAAGAUUGGCAGUCCGGGCUGGGAGGUGGCACAGAAGAGGCCUAGCAGAGAGGAGAUGUCACCACAUCACCGGAGCAUCUAUAACGGUAUGAAUGCUCUGAUAUCGGCUGGUUGUUGCACAAACUCCUGUAGAAGUGUCAAGCUUUGGGACAGUUUUGAUGCCUCCUGACCAUUGCCUUCACUGGAUCCGGCGUUGAGACCCAGGCCAUGAGAGAGGAUCCCUUUGCUUUCAAGUCACCUGCACUGACAGAGAGAUGGAAGGAGAGGAUGAAAGAAAAAAAAUUAAGUAGCAGCCAGCAUCUACCAUUGCCCCAACCAUGGUGGUUCCUGAUCUACUAAUACAACUAACAGCCCUGCACAACAAAUGCCUGGAAAGAGAUUCCUUUGGAGUCAAACCGAUGGAAAUAACAUUAUUGUCACAAGGAUUACUCAGAUAGGAGAGUUAAUGAUCUCUCUUUUGCCAACAAAAUAGACCUACCUCCUUUGAACGAAAGCAGACGAAACAAAAAAGUUUAAAAUGGGACUGAGAGGCUUUACUGAGAGAUUACCCAUUUUGUUUACAGUUGCCAAAAAACAGAUGCAAUCAAUCUGACAAAACCUUUGCACACAUAGGCAGACAGCUAUUAUCAGACUGGUAUUAUGCAUCUGAGACUAAGGGCAACAUUUUUUAAGCUGUGUUAAGGUAGGAGCAAUAAGUGUCAAUGGCUUGCAAGUUUAAUUAGACAUUCUGAAUUUUAGUGUCAAUGUCUAUGAGAAUGACAUUUCGAUCACUGCCUGGCUUUCAUUAAAGGAAUGGUUUACCCCAAAAUGUUAAUGUCAUCAUUUACUCACUCUUAUGUUGUUCCAACCCUGUAUAACAUUCUUUCUUGUGUGGAGUUAUCUAGUAGAAUAUCUAAGCUGCUCUUUUCCACAAAAUGAAAGUGAGUAGUAACCACAGCUGUCCCUGGUCCCCAUUCACUUUCAGUAUGCUAAAAAUCCUUCUGUAGAUAUUUCCUUUUGUGUUCCACAUAAAAAAGCCAUACAGGUUUGGAACAACAUGAUGGUGAGUAAAUGUUGACAGAAAUUUUAUCUUGGGUGAACUAUCCCUUUAAGGGCUAUGUGAGGACAUAUAAUUGUCUGUGUUGUCAACAAUACGACAAUGUAAGAUGUCUAUAGUUGCUGAAAAAUCUGCAUUGAAACAAGAGGUGCUCCAAAACACUAUCUCCUGUCUCUCAUUAUCCCACAACUGAUGUUUUUAUAGACACUUGUGUUGUGUGAUGUGAAAGAAUCACACAGAAAGCUACUGCUGCGUGCAAGACUUGUGUAGCCAGACACUUUUCUUGUAUCUUGUAUUUUUGAAAUCAAGCAGCCACAAAGCUAUAUAUAAACAUUGCAAAUCCUGACCAUUUCCAUGCUUUGUGAAAUUGCCAAACCCAUUUUAUGGUUCACCAGUAAAAUGGGAUUUUGUUCAGUCUGUCUGUGGAUCCAAAAGGAAGGGAAGCCUUAUUGCUCUGUUAGGGACCAGACCUGCCUGGUUUCCAUUGAAACAGCAUGCUUUAGGCUUUUAGGCCCUCAAUGCACAUUCUCUGUUUUUGGACCAUAAUUGAGGUGCAAAAUAACUUUUCUGCAUACUAACUUCCUUCUGUUCCACUGGACUACAUAGACCAUCAUGCCUCUCUUUUUAGCAGGUAUUUGAUUAAAAAUCGUCUGGCUGACAGUACAAAAUAUACCCACAUUUGUUCCCUGUGUUGUUGCUAAAUUAAUGGGAUCUAAAUGAACUAAUCUAAAUUAAUGGGAUCUGAUAUUAACAUUUGAGCCCUCACUGAACAUUAAAGACUUUUCUAACUCCGCUAACAUCACACACCUUGUAAACCAUCAAUCCUUCUGUAUACUGUCAGUAUUAAAUACAGCAAAAGCUACUUGAUAAACUCAUUAACCUGUGAUCUUUUUUAUUUUUGUUGACAGAUUAUGAGACAGAACAAAUACUAAUAUAUAAAACUUUUAUGUUUUUAAAAAGUAAAGAGUAGUUUAAGGCUUAGUUUUUUAUAUAUGAUAACUAUUAUUGUUAUUUUUGAU